AUGUUGCUGCUUCAGUGCAGGCAUGGAGCCUCUUCUUCUAAGCUAGAUAACCUGGUACCAAAUGGAAAAAUGAAGAUUCUCCUGAUCUUUCUAGGUCUGCUUGGUAAUUCCAUUGCUAUGCCAAUGCAAAUGCCCCGAAUGCCUGGAUUUAGCAGUAACAGUGAAGAGAUGAUGCCGUACAGUCAAUUCAACUUUAUGAACUCCCCACAUUUGGCACAACUGGGAUCCUUGUAUGGAAAUGGUUUGCAACUCCCUCAGCUUUUCCCGCAGUAUCAGAUGCCCAUGUGGCCACCGCCACCACUCAAUACAGGGCACCCAUGGAAACCCUCAUCUCCCUCAGCACGUAAACACCAGAGCAAGACUGAUCAAGCCCCAGAGAGCCAGAAACCCAACCAACUUCAACCAAAAAAGCCAUCACCAAAGCGGCCUUUAAAGCAGCCAACACCUGCCCCAACUCAGCCCCAAGAGGAAGCCCAGACACCUCAGGCAUUCUCACCAUUUGGCAAUGGGCUUUUUCCUUAUCAACAGCCACCAUGGCAAGUUCCGCACAGGGUACCACCAGGUUAUGGACGUCCACCAGCGAGCAAUGAAGAAGGUGGGAAUCCUUACUUUGGAUAUUUUGGAUAUCAUGGAUUUGGGGGUCGUCCUCCUUAUUAUUCAGAAGAAAUGUUUGAACAAGAUUUUGAAAAACCCAAAGAAGAAGAAGACCCUCCUAAAACAGAGAAGCCAGCCACUGAACCCUCGUCUAAUUCAACAGUUUCUGAGACUAAUUCCACCCAACCAAAUGCACCCAGUCCAGGAGGGAAUCAGGGUGGAAAUGACACCAGCCCAACAGGAAAUAGCACCCAUGGGCCAAACACUGUGAGCGGCCCUACAGCUCAAAACGGGGCCAUCCCACCACCUGCAGUUAAUGUAUCAGGUCGGGGGGCACAAAGAAGUCAAAUCCCCUGGGGUCCCAGUCAGCCAAAUAUUCGUGAAAAUUACCCAAAUCCUAACCUCCAAAGUUUUCCUGUGGGAAGACAAUGGCGUCCCACUGGUACCGCCAUGGGGCAUGGACAGAACGGGCCUUUUUACCGAAAUCAACAAGUCCAGAGAGGUCCUCGGUGGAACUCCUUUGCUUUGGAAGACAGACAGACAGUUCGUCCAGGAAACCCAAUUUAUCGCAAACCUUAUGCUUCUACUGCAAGAGGCAAUUCUCCCAGUCAUGCAGGAAAUCCAGCAAAUUUCAGGAGAAAGCCUCAGAGGCCACAAAACCAUCUGAUGGGAACCAACAUUGUCCCUUUGGGUUCCAAACAUGGUACUGUUAGCCCCAGUGAAAAAAUCCAAAAUCCAAGAGAGAAGCCACUAGGUCAAAAAGAAAGAAUAGUCAUUCCUACAAGGGAUCCAACUGGCCCCUGGAGAAACUCUCAAGACUACGAAGUUAAUAAAUUAAACUAUAAACUGCCUCACCCUGAGGGUAACAGGCUAAUCCCAAAUUUGAAUUCUAUUGAUCAACGUGAAAACUCUUAUUACCCAAGAGGAGAUUCCAGAAGAGCCCCAAAUUCUGAUGGACAAACCCAAAGCCAGAAUUUGCCCAAAGGGAUUAUUGUAGAGCCAAGAAGGAUCCCAUAUGAAUCAGAAACGAAUCAACCAGAAUUAAAGCACAGUACACAUCAGUCUGUAUACCCUGAGGAAAUCCCUUCCCCUGCAAGGGAACAUUUUCCUGCUGGAAGAAACACUUGGAACCGCCAAGAAAUCUCUCCACCUUUUAAGGAAGAUCCUGGGAGGCAGGAGGAACAUUUACCUCAUCCUUCACGCAGUUCUAGAGGAGGUAUGUACUACCCUUACUAUAACCCCUAUGAUCCCAGGGAAAACUCACCAUACCUCAGAAGCAAUACAUGGGAUGAGAGAGAUGAUUCUCCCAAUACUGUGGGGCAGCCCAAAAAUCCACUAUACCCCACGAAUACUCCAGACCCGAAAGAGACAGUCCCUUACAAUGAAGAGGACCCAAUGGAUCCAACUGGAGAUGAAUCUUUCCCAGGACAAAGAAGAUGGGGUGUAGAGGAGUCAAGCUUUAAAGAAGACCCAACGGUUAGGCACUAUGAAGGUGAGCAUUACACCUCAAAUCAACCAAAGGAAUACCUUCCCUAUUCCUUAGAUAAUCCGUUGAAACCCACGGAAGAUUUUCCUUAUGGUGAAUAUUACCCCUGGAACCCAGAUGAGAAUUUUCUAUCAUAUAACACAGUUCCCACUGUACCACUGCCUGCGGAGAACAGGGGCUAUUAUGCGAAUAGUGCUAUUGGACAAGAAGAAAGCACUCUGCUUCCUUCUUGGAACUCCUGGGACCAAAGGAUACAAGCCCAAGGGCAAGAAGAAAGAAGGCCAUAUUUUAACGGAAAUUUUGGGGACCAGCCAACAAAUUUACACAAAGCCCCUGCUAGGCCACCACACCAGAAAGAGAAUCAGCCCUAUUUUAGUAACUCCCCAGCUGGGCUUCAGAAAAAUCCAACAUGGCGUGAAGGUGAGAAUUUGAAUUAUGGCAUGCAGAUUACUAGAUUAAAUUCACCAGAGGGAGAACAUUUGGCUUUCCAGGACUUAAUUCCUCCAAGUUACCCAGCAGCUCAAAAAGAAGCACAUUUAUUUCAUCUAAGCCAUAGAAGCCCUUGCUGUGCUGGUGGCUCCAUGGGGCUCAAGGACAAUCUUCUUGCUCUGCAAGGCUACACUCCAUCCUUUGGUCUUGCACCAGGGGAGGACCGAGACAUCAGUCCUGUGUAUACAAAAGAUAGUCAUGUAAGACAUACCAUCUCCCCAGCAAGCAUCCUACCUAGUCAAAGAAACAGUUCAGAGAAAGGACUGCCUGGAGAAAGUCAAAACCCAAAUCCUUUUAGAAAUGACGUGUCCACUCUCAGGAGAAACAUACCAUGUUCUAUAAAGAAUCAACCAGACCAAAGGGAAAGUAUGCCCUUUCCCGAAGCCAGUUCCCUUCAUUCGAAGAAUACACCUUGUCUCAAAGGUGACCUUGGAGGAGAUGGAAACAAUGUUUUGGACCAAAUAUUUGAAGGCAGCCAGCUUAAUGAAAAGACUGUUGACCUUAUUCCUGAGCAGCUUGUUAUUGGUACAGCCGAUGAAGGCCCCAAGCCAGAAGGAAGCCAAAGAGAAGUGCAAGGAAGUGAGGGUGAAAGACAACAACAAAGGCCAUCUAGCAUCCUACAGUUAGCAUGCUUUGGCUCCAAAUUAGCAAAGUAUCACUCUUCCAGCACUGGAACUCCAUCUAGCAUUGGAAGGAAAGGCUCAUUCGAUGGGGAUCCAAUGAUGCCUACUGAAAUUCCUAACUCAUUGCCUGGAUUACCUACUGGGGCCCAGUUUCAGAGUAUAAAUGUAGACCCACUUAAUGCAGAUGAACACACUACAUUUGAUUCCCUUCAAGUAGGGACCAAUUCACAAAACCAGGUGCCAGACUGCAUACUACUUCAGGCCUAG